GGUGUUUCUCGCUCCUCGUGUUAAUGACGUGUUUUGCUGCAGUCUGUCCUCACGUCUCUCUCGGUGUGUGUGUGUGUGUGUGUGUGUGUGUGUGUGUGUGUGUGUUGAUGUUUUGAUCUACCUGUCUGCUCUCCCACGAGGUGUGAUGGGUGAAUGAAGCGUUACUAACCUUUCCAAACACCUGUAGACACCAAACAGCCUUAUGUCUGUGUGUGUGUGUGUGUGUGUGUGUGUAAUACUGUAAGCUUCUCUCAGUAAAAUAACAUGAAAUUGAGGGGAUUUCAGGUGAAAUGGGGUGUGCGGAUGUGGGUGUGUGUGCUGGGGCUUUUUGUGGCGGCCGCUGUGGGAGAACAGAGCUGCAAACUCAAGGCCAAGUUUAACCUGAUGGGCUACAAGAACGUGGAGAAGAAGAAGGUGGUGAUCGGGGGGAUGUUCUCCGUGCACAACCGGCUCGCCGACACCAACACCAACACCUCGUCCAACCCGGUGUCGUCCGGCUGCGAAGGGUUUAAUUUCCGUACUUUCCGCUGGACGCAGACGAUGCUGUUCGCCAUCAAUGAGAUCAACAAAAGGCAGGACCUGCUGCCCAACACUGACCUCGGAUAUGUCAUCUACGACUCAUGCUUCACCAUCUCCAAAGCUGUGGAAGGAACUCUGACCUACCUGACGGGUCAGGACGAGGCUGUGCCCAACUACCGCUGUGGGAACGGGCCUCCUCUCGCCGCCAUGGUGGGAGCAGGGGGAUGUGACCUCUCCGUCGCUACGGCUCGAAUCCUCGGCCUUUACUACUUCCCACAGGUGAGCUACUCGUCUUCGUGUUCAGUCCUGGAGAGCAGGUUCCAGUACCCCACCUUCCUGCGCACCAUCCCGAGCGACGAGCACCAGUCGGUGGCCAUGGCUCAGCUGGUGCUGCAUUUCGGCUGGACCUGGGUGGGCGCCAUCGCUUCGGACGACGAUUACGGCAAAUACGGCAUCAAGCGUUUCAAAGAGGUCGUAGAGGAGGCGGGCGUGUGCAUCUCCUUUUCCGAGACGCUACCCAAGUUCACCGCUCCUGACACCAUCAACCGCAUCGUCCGCACCAUCAUGGACUCCACAGCCAAGAUCAUCGUAGUGUUCUCAUCUGACGUGGAUCUGGCUCCGCUGGUGGAACAACUGCUACUCAACAACGUCACUAACCGCACGUGGAUCGCCAGCGAGAACUGGAUUACGUCUGCGCUCAUCGCCCGCCAGCCCAACGUUAUGUCCAUGCUGGGUGGAACGAUCGGCUUCGCCAUAACUCGGGCAGACAUCCCGGGCCUCCUUGAGCACCUUAUUAACAUCGACCCCUACCAGGACAAGUUGACUGAGGAGUUCUGGCAAACAGCCUUCAACUGCACGCUCAGUUACAGCCGAGCGCUGAGCGCCGCCCGCGCACAGCUGGCCACAGAGGUAGGCAACGCAACAGCGUCACGGGUAGCAGCCAGAUUGGCACCGCAAGGCUUGUGCACUGGGAAGGAACGUCUGCUGGAACUCAAUAACACGUAUUCGGACGUGUCCCAGUUGAGACUGACAUAUAACGUGUAUAAAGCCGUGUACGCAGUAGCCUACGCCCUGCACAACCUGGAGUACUGCGUGCCCGGGAAAGGACCUUUUGUCGGAGGCACGUGUGCUGACAUCACCAACUUUGAGCCUUGGCAACUGAUGUACUACUUGAAAAACCUGCGCUUCAGCGUCCCCUACACCAGAGAGCAGAUAUCCUUCAACGAUGGUGAAGUGCCUGGGUUUUAUGAGAUCCUUAACUGGCAGAGGGCUUCAGAUGGAGGAGUCACAUACGUCCAUAUCGGACACUACAACAGCACCGCUGCCGCUGGUGAAAAGCUGCACAUCGUCAACUCCUCCAUCAUAUGGCAUAACGACAGGCUGCAGACGCCGCGCUCGGUGUGUAGCGAGAGAUGCCAACCCGGCACACGUAUGGGCAUCCGGCAGGGAGAACCCGUCUGCUGCUUCGACUGCAUCCCGUGUGCUGACGGAGAGAUUUCCAACACAACAGACGCCAGAGGCUGCAUUCAGUGUGGUGAGGAUUUCUGGUCCAACGCCAACCGUGACGCCUGCGUGCCCAAGACCAUCGAGUUCCUGGACUUCAGUGAGGCUCUGGGUAUCACACUGAUCGUCAUCUCGGUUUUUGGCGCUCUCCUGACCAUCAUGGUGGCCAUCGUGUUCCUAAAAUACCUAAACACACCCCUGGUGCAGGCCAACGACGCGCUGCUGAGCUUCACGCUGCUGCUGGGGCUGGUGGUCACGUUCCUCUGCUCCAUCGUGUUCCUGGGUGAGCCACGGCUCUGGUCCUGCAUGACCAGCCAGGUGGCGCUGGCGCUCGGCUUCGCCCUGGCUCUGUCGUCCCUCAUGGGCAAAUCGUCUUUGCUUAUGCUCAGAGCGAGAGCCAUCAAAGCCAUGAGGGUGGCAGCUAAAGCGGCCAAAGCGGCGGCCGCCGCCUCCGAGCAGAGCGGUGACACGGCGGCCAUCGCCCCGGCCAUACCCCAGAAAAACGACAUCGAUCCGAUCAAACCUCCUCAACAGAGGACCAUGAUGAUCGUUUGCACGCUGAUCCAAGCCGUAGCCUGCACCGUGUGGCUCAUCCUGCUCCCGCCUCGUCCCGUGAAGAACACGGCCGCCCAGAACAUCAAGAUCAUCCUGGAGUGCGAUCCGGGCAACAUCAUCUUCAUCUGCUGCAUUUUCGGCUACGACGUGCUCCUGGCGCUGAUGGCGUUCGUGUUCGCCUUCGUGGCGCGCCGGCUCGAGGACCACUUCAACGAGGGCAAGUGCGUCACCUUCGGCAUGCUGGUGUUCUUCAUCGUCUGGAUCUCCUUCGUCCCCGCUUACCUGAGCACGCGUGGAAAGUUCAUGGUGGCCGUGCAGAUCUUCGCCAUCCUGGCUUCCAGCUUUGGCUUGCUCGCGUGCAUCUUCCUGCCCAAGUGCUACGUCCUACUAGUCAAACCCGACAGGAACAAGGAGGAGUUGAUGGUGCCCAGGGCCAAACGGCCUGAAUCUGGAGCGACCGGAACGUCCGCGUCACUCGGCACCAACGGCCCGAUCUCCACCAUAGACGGAUGACCCGCGUUUCUACAGCUAAUAACCAGAACAUUCAUUCUUUAAAUUUAACACAAAUCGCAAGAGAACGGACAGAAAAAAACAAAUCCCUCUAAAUCAGCGUAAGACGAAGUAAAAACGUAGAGACUGCAAACGACAAACUAAAAUUCCUGGAUGUUAUUAAGUGCGCACAGCAGAAAGAUUCACGCUAACGCUUUUCUCCUCGGUACUAUACUCUCACGUAAACGCCGCCACUGUCUCGUCUCGCCUUCUCGGUAAAAACGACGUUAGAGCGCUUCCAUCCUAUUUAUUGGAUUGUAUUUUUGUGAAACGAAUGUUAACAUCGUUCGUUUUUAUUUACAUAUCAUUAGAAUAUCGUUUUUUUUUUUCAUUUGUGUUGAGUAAUAACAUCGAGGCGGAUCAUUUAAUCGUCUUAACACAGAAUAUCCACCUGUAUUUCGCACAAUAUGAGUAAUACGACAGAUAUUUAUUUCAUCCUGUUGCCGAUUUCAGAAAUUGAUUGUUACCUUUUUGCCCCCUUUUGAAUGAA